GUCAACUCCUAAAACGGUAAAACCCAGUUUAUAGCACGCGGUUAACCAAAACCCCGCCCCCUCUGAAACAUUGAACCUCUCCAUCGCCGCCGUCAAAAAGCAGUUAAUUUCACCACCACCACCGCACCGCCGCCUGGAAAAGAGCGAAACCAAAACAAUGGUAGAGAUGGACGGUGAGAACAAACAAAAAGUGACCCCAGGAGAUAUUUUAGGAAAGGCGGCGGAACUUAAAGCUGGUAAAGGAACUUACGCCGCUGUUAAUGCCGCCGGCGUUAAACUCAUCUAUGCUUCUCUCACAGGCUGCAUAUCUCUCUCUCCUCCUCCUCCUGAUUCUCCUGACAAGAGGGCAGUCGUGGAGGUAACUGGUCACAAAGCGCACGGUGCAGUCCCUGAACCUGGUUGCACAGUCCUUGCACGUGUCAAAAAGGUGAUGGCUAAAAUGGCUUCAGCGGAUAUCAUGUGUGUUGGUAGCAAGUCUAUAAGAGAAAAUUUCACAGGCAUAAUUAGACAACAGGAUGUAAGAGCAACUGAGAUUGACAAGGUCGAUAUGCAUGCUUCGUUCCGAGCUGGUGAUAUUGUCAGGGCAGUAGUUCUAUCCCUGGGAGAUGCAAGAGCCUAUCACUUGACAACGGCAAAAAAUGAACUGGGAGUUGUAUCUGCAGAAAGUACUUCAGGUGAAACAAUGAUACCAAUUAGUUGGACAGAGAUGCAGUGCCCCGUGACAGGUCAAAUUGAGCAGAGAAAGGUCGCUAAAAUUGGAAAUUGAGACCCGACAUUCUUUCAAUGUAGGACUUAGGAUUACCAAGCUGAAGUUUAUUGUAAAACUGAAUUUUGUCAUAUAGAAACUGCUGCCGUGUGUUAAAUGUAUUAAGUGAGUUCAUGUGAUCAAUACCUUUCAGGCUUUUGAUUAGUGUUGAUAGAUCAAUUUAGAAAAACUUGCAGGAUUUAGGGUUUAGCUCAACAUUUACAACAGGGUCAUGAAUCUCAUGAUUUUGUUACUCUGUAUACAAUUACUUGCUUCUGCCGCAUAGCCAGUUACUGUUUUACGGCUGAACUGAAAAGAAUUUGUGUCUGGAGAUAUCAAACUCAACAAUUAAUUCUUGAGUUA